AGAGAGAGAGAGAGCUGAUUUCACAAUCUUUUGAGUUGUCCAAUGGAGGAGGAGGAACUGAUAGCUCCCCCGGCCUUUUCUUCCCAGCUAUGUAAGCUAGAGCGACUUUGCUUGUAGAAGGAAAGAAGAUAUCUCCACUCCAACCCACCAAUGGCAGAGAAGCAGGUUCAGAGAGAAAAACACUACAAGGAAAAAUAUAUUUGACAUGGGAAACUUUUGAUUGCUUUUCGGGAACUGGGCUCUUUUGACGACUUCCGUUGUAGAUAUAUAUACUCUGUCGAUCGUCAUCAUCCGUCUGCCUUCCGCAUCCGCAUCGAAGCCGACCCUUUUGCUAAUCAUCAUCUUCAUCAUCGCUGGCCGAAGCAAGGGAAAGAAAAGAUCAGAAAUUCCCAUCAUUGGAGAUCGAGACUGAGAGAGCGAGAGUGGAGUAGAGAGUAGGGAUGAUGAUGAAGGGAAGUUGUGUGGCGCUCGUGUUGGUUCUGCAGUUGCUGAGUGGGGUCUUCGCAAGAAGCUCGAUCUUUGCACGUAAUGGUGAUGAUCGUCACGGUGCUGCUCUUCAUCAAACUGAGACCGAUCCGGAGAUACUUCCAUCUUCAAAGCACCCAGGGACCUUAUCAGACAGAGCGCAAGAGAGGAGCAGUGAACAAGAAGAAGAAGAAGAUAGGAAUCAAAUGGGAGCGAGCAAGAUCGGGUCGAGCCCGCCGAGGUGCAAACACAAGUGCUACGGUUGCACGCCCUGCGAAGCCACACAAGUCCCGGCCACCCACAACGAGCACGCCCAUGUCAGGGUCCAAUACACCAACUACGAGCCCGAGGGUUGGAAGUGCAAGUGCGGCCCUUCCCUGUAUAUCCCUUGACCCCUCCAUAGAGAAAAAAACACGGAGAUUUCUCCAUUUUCUUUGCUUCAAAGUUGGCGUAAUUGCUUGCGUACUGAUAUUCUAGGCUUGUGGAGCUGACCUGAGGAUGAUCAUUGGUUCUGUCAUCUGAACCGACUUAUGUCUAAAGAGCUGAAAGUUUGCAAGCGA